CGGCCGCCGUCGAGCUCAGUCUACCUGCAACGCGCGCCGAGACAGGCCGUACUGACUCCGCUCCCACCGGCUGUGAUAGUGAUAGUGGUUGUGAUGCUGUGAUAAGAAGUGUUUUUAUAACCAUUAACCGGACGAGUGCAUGUCGUAGUGGUGGUACGGUUGAGUGUCGGGAUCGCGUGUGUCAGAGCGGGAUAAGGUUUUAAAUUGUGACGCUGUGUAUCGGAGACUUCAACAGGCCAUGUGCAAGUGUUCCUUUGUGCGUGUGGCCUGCGUCGCCCUCGCACUCGCGGCGGCCUCUCUUGCUCAAGAGUACAGCGUAGAUGAACCAAACAACAGUGAUGUUGUCUUUAACGGAGUUCAGAGUUCUGAAUACUCGUUGAUCUUCGAUGCCUCGGAAAUCGUUGUAAAUCCAGGAGAGCGGUUAGAUUUGAACUGUGGCUUCAAAGGACAGUAUCGCCACUGCAUCUGGGAGCUUGAGGGAGCUAAGCCUAUCCAGGUACAAGAUGUUUAUGAGAAUGUCCAUCCUGGAAUGAGCAAGCCAGAGGUAUCAGAAGGAAAUGAAUGCGGAAUUGUCAUAAAUUCUGUUAGUACUGAACAACAUGGUAUGUGGACCUGCAGAGUAUUCAUCACUGGAAACUCGCUUGAAGGAUCAAAAAAUGUUAUUGUAACUGUAAAACCAACAUACCCAGUUUUAGAGGUAGAUAACAGCCAGCUUCUGGAGGUAACCAGUGAUGAAGAGACGCCAGUAAAGUGUGUGGUUGCUGCAGCCAGACCGGCUGUGGGUAUUCGCUGGUUUUUAGGAGACAAAGAUGUCACUGUCAUGGCAGAAACUGAAGAAACACCAACUGACAAUGAAGGCAUGUAUAAAAGUAUAUCAACUCUGCGACGUACCUUUGAACCAAUGGAAAAUGGAUUGACGCUGACAUGCAGUGUGUCUCACAAGACUCUGAAUGUGCCUGAGAAUGAAAGCAUUCCUUUGAAUGUUGUCUUCAAACCAGUUGAAAAGCCUGUUAGCACUUACUACCAGAUUCGUCCAGGCUCAGACUACGAAGUUAAGUUGAAUUUCUCGGCCAACCCACCUCCCAUUAGGAAGGAGUGGAGGUAUGGAGACAGCUUCCAGAACAUUGCUGUCUCUAUUGAGAUUCCUGGCGCCAAAGACCACUAUGAGACAUACAUGGAGGACUUAGGCAAUGGAAUGUACACUGCUACCUUAAGGAUUGCUGGGUUUAAAGAGGAAGAUGCAAACCAACGGUACUUGUUGGUUGUAGAGAAUGAGCUUGGAGAAACGGAAUACAAAGUGCGGCUAUCAAUGGAUGAUGCCCCCAAAGAUGGUGACUCAGAAACUCGCGACCAUGACAAAAAUCCAUCCACAGAAUAUUCAGUGUCUGAAGGUAUUGUUUUCGAUGAUGAUACGAUGUCAAACACCCUGAGUGGAGGAGCGGUCGCAGGCAUCGUGAUUGUUGUGCUGAUUAUUGUUGCCGCCAUUGGAGCUGCAGCUUACGCACGGUAUCGUCAGAUGUUCUGCUUUGCUCCCGUAGUCACCCCUGAUCCUGAGGAAGGCAAGGAAACCAAAGAAGAACACAGCGACACUGAGAGUGCAAGAGGGGCAAACACUACACGCGCAGCCAACCUCAAGAAUAGCCUUGGAAGACUGACACAGGUGUUCAAGAAGCCUAAGAAAGAACAGGAGACCAAAUUGGAAAAUAUUGGUGAUGAUGAGAAAAGGUCUCUCACCACUGAUGAUCCUAAGAAGGGAAGCCCAAUCAAGGAGCAAAAUGUUGAUGAUAAAGAGCUUACUGGAGAAACUCGCAUUCCUGAGGAAAUGCUGCCUCCUAUACAAAAUUCUGAACAAAAUAAUAGUGAAGUGAAGAGAGAGGUGGUGUAUGCAGAGCUAGACCUUGGCAAGAGUGAAUCUGAUAAAAAAACAGAAGUGAAAGCCGAAGACAAAACGGAGUACGCGCAGAUUGUUGGAACUGUGACAGACAACCGAGAAGACGAGAAAAAGGAGUAGAAUCUUCAGUUGAAGACAAUUAGACAUUUGAUAUUGCUGUAAUAAGGAAGCAAUGAUGCUCAUUUUUAGACCGAUAUAAAUGUCUCAUAGACAAACUUUGUAAAUUCUGGAUUUUUGACACCAGACUUGCUGUCCUGGAUUUCUUGAUUCUCUUUUAUAAGAGUGAUUAGAUGGAUUUUAAUUUGAAAUGUUAUUGAUUUCUUUCUACAUAAUUUCUUCUUGAACUGAUUUCUUUUCUCUCUUUUUUCAUUAUAUUAAUAUGUGUAUUGUGUAUUCCGAUUUAUUUUUAGACUAAUAAAAUGAUACUUCUUUCGGAGAAGAAUAAAUGUAAAUUACAUUAAAUGUGCUUUCAAGUAAUGUAAGUGAAAUUUUUGAUGAUACAGUGCUGAUGCUAAUUCAGUUAUAACAUUUAUUGUAAUCAAUCACAGGAAAAUAUUUGAAAUGAGUAUGCUCUUCAAAAAAAUUAUUGGAAUAAUCUAAGGCAUGCUUCCAUCUGAAUUGCAUUUAUUAGCAUUGUAUUGUUCAGUGAUCAUUGUACUCAGCAUAUCUAAAUCUAUAUGCCAUUUGUAAUUUUAUGUUUUAACAACACACUGGUUAAGAAGAAGAAGAAAAAUCCUGAACCCAGUUAUGACCCAGUUAGUAUGUUGCUAGAGCACAUUGAUUUCUCGUAGUUAUAUGUAGAAUGUAAUAUUCAAGAUCUCACAGUAGAUUUCCUUUUUGUAAGAUGAUUAAUUUUUACCAUAUUGAUUAAAUUUGAAUUUCAUUGGUUCACUGUAUCAAUUCCUUUGCAUGUCAGGAUUUUAGGCAAAAACUAAAUCUAAAUGAUGUCUAGUGUUCACAUAGCUUUUUAAGUGUUAGCUGACAGGUUGGAUUGUUCUUAAUAUUUUUGAACUUGGUGAGAAUGUUAUGUAUUGUGCGAUUGUCAGCCUAAUGCCUCUUCACUCUGGGCUUAAGGUGCGUCUGACAAAUCUUAGGUUUAUUUCUGUACCUGAUGUAGAAGCUUCAAAUGCUUAAGUACUUUUAAUGAAUACACUAUCAACUAAAAUUAGGAAGGCAUGUAAAUCAUAAACCGUAGAAAGCAAGAGAUGUUAUUUCAUAUUUCAGCAUUUUAGAGGAAAUGAAUAUUAUAGGUGUUUUACACUAUAAGUGAAUGGAAUCUGCUGUUGAACUCUCAGCUCUAUUUAUUUUUGCAACAAAAUGUAUAUUAUAGCAGCAUUAAGGAAAGGAUCUUCCAUAUGUGAGUGAAACAUUAUCCAGUUGUGUUCAGCAGUAUACAUAGUGACUUAGUGUUUCUUCAUAUUUUUGUAAGGACAAAUACUGCUUUAGUAAUAGCAGUACGUCAUUUAGAGGUAUCAUCAGUCAUUGGGUGCUGCUAGUCUCAAUAUAAAGCACUUCUCAAAAAGGACAUACCAAUGGCAAGCAUUACCCAGGAUAAUGCCAGUGUGUACUGUAGUGUAGCCAGUUCACCAGAAUUUGGUAAUCACUAUAUUUGUAAAUAUUUUACUGUGUAUAUGCUGACAAACACUCAUCUCUAGUGUAAUUUUUGUAUUAUGUUUGUCUACUCUGCAACAUGGUUCACUGUGAA